CCUCAGCUCCUACACAAUCGGGCUGGGACUGCACAGUCUGGAGGCCAACCAAGAGCCAGGCAGCCAGAUGAUGGAGGCCAGCUUCUCCAUACAGCACCCAGAGUACAACAAACCCUUUAUCGCCAACGACCUCAUGCUCAUCAAGUUGAAAGAAUCGGUGUCCGGGUCUGAUACCAUCCGGAACAUCAGCAUCGCCUCCCAGUGCCCAGCAGCUGGGAAUUCUUGCCUCGUUUCUGGCUGGGGUCAGCUGAUUGAUGGCAGGCAGCCCCAAGUGCUCCAGUGCGUGAAUAUCUCGGUGGUGCCCGAGGAGAUCUGCAAAGCUUUCUAUGCCCCCGUGUACCACCACAGCAUGUUCUGCGCUGGCGGAGGACAGGACCGGAAGGACUCCUGCAAAGGUGACUCUGGGGGCCCCCUGGUCUGCAACGGGUCCCUGCAGGGCCUCGUGUCUUUUGGACAAGCCCAGUGUGGCCUACCCUACAUGCCAGGCGUCUACACCAACCUCUGCAAGUUCACUGACUGGAUACAGAAAACCAUCCAGGACAGUUAACUCCUGGAACUUGGACCCAAGAAACCGAGCCCCCAAUAUAUGUUGUGGAAGGGAUUCAGGACCCUGGGUGUCCAGUGCUUUCCUCCCUGAGACCCAGGAGUCUAGACCCCCAACCCCCUCCUCCCUCAGCCCCAGGAAUCCAAUCCCACAAAGAAUCUUUUCCUGUACAAAGUGCCCCCUGGUGGCAAAAUGUUGGUCCAGCCUUACCAGUAGCAGAGAAGGUUGGUUUUUCACCUUUUUGUUCCCUUAUCUCAAGCCCAGAAAUAAAAUCUAAGAGAAACACA